GUAAUAAGAAAGUUAAAAUAUCUGAUGAAGCUUCGGUGAAAAGUAGAAAUAUAUUCAAAGACAUAAAUGCAAUAACUGAAAACAGUGAUCAAAAUAAAGUCAAAGAAAUUAGAACUCCAGAAAACAAACUGAUUCCAUCAAAUAAUAAAGAUAUUGUCAAUGAUGUAAUAGACACACAAGUUUUAAACGAUUUUCAAGAUACAUUGAACACUGAAGAUUUUUCCAAAAGCACACCAACAUCAAAAAGAUCUGGAAGCCCAAUUCUUUCUUGUCCUAGAGCUAAGAAAAGAAAAUUCGAAACACCGUACAGAACAAGUAAUAAAAUUGAACCAAAAAAUCCUUUUGUACCACCAAAAUUAGCAAAAACAUAUAAUUUCAAUGAUAAUUAUAAGAAAGAUAAGAAAUACACAUUGAAAUGUGUACAAAAACUUGAAAAGGAACAUGAAAAAUUAAACACAGAUCCUAGUAUUGAAUAUAGUUUUGAAAAUUUACGUAAUUUCGAAUUUAAAGGUAAAAGAAAUGAUUAUAAUUUAGAUAAAAUGUCAAUAGAAGAUCUUAAAAAGACGUUUCUAGGUUCAGUAAAUAAAAAAAUAUUACCUGACGGUUGGUUAGAUAACCAUAUAAAAUUAAUAAUAUGGAAACUGCUUUCUUAUGAAGUAAAAUUCCCAAAUGUUAUGGAAAACACAUGUACAGUAAGGAAUGUAUUGGAACAGUUAAAAUAUAGAUACGAUAGAGAACUAUAUUAUGUCCAAAGGCCGAUUUUAAGGAAGAUUUUGGAGAAAGAUGAGGUGCCUUCUAAAACUAUGGUGUUGUGUGUUGCUGCGAUAUAUGUGGAUAACGUUAGUGUUGCCAGUGUACCUCAGUCACCACAGAAUGUAGAACUAUUACUUACUGACGGGUGGUACUGCGUCAAGUCUUGUGUAGACCGAAUGUUGACAAAGCUCGUUGUUUAUGGCGCUAUCUCAGUCGGUACUAAGAUAGCAGUAUGCGGCGCUGAGUUGAUGAACUGCGAGCAGGGUGUAGCGCCUUGGGAGGACACAUCAUCAGUCCGACUAAAGCUACACGGUAAUAGUACCCGACGGGUUCGCUGGGAUGUCAAACUGGGUGCUUGCACGGAACUCAUCCAGUGUACUCUAGGUGCAGCUAAACCAGACGGGGGUAAAAUGGCGGUGACAAGGGUGGUCGUGACGAGAGUCUAUCCUCCGCUGUACGUUGAGAAAAUGGAAGAUGGAAGCACUGUAACACUAUCAGAGAGAUUGGAGCAAAUUCGUCAAAUGAAGUACGAAUCGGAACGUCAAACCCUCAUGGAGAAACUAUAUGAAGAAGUGGAGAAAGAAAUGUCUGAUCAGGAUUCUCAAGAUUCUGAAGGUUACGCGAACGAGAAAUGUAUGGAGAGCGGCUCGCAAAUAUCCAGAAAUAUGAAGAAAAGCAAGGACCCUGAUGAGUAUAGAUCCCAUCUAACGACAUCUCAAGCCCGUCUACUAGAAUCCCACGCCUCUAAACAGAGAGAGCGUUUAAUAGAGAGAGUGAGAGCCAAAUUUCAGAAGAAGAUAGAGGAAAACGGGCUCAAGACUGAGAGGAACGUCGUGCCGCUGCUGAAAGUUAGAGUCGCUGGGUUGGUAGAGAAUGGAGGGAAAAUUGAGAUCACUAAAGGCUACUUAUCAAUAUGGAAACCAUCGGCGGCGGUCCUAGAAUUAGUGACAGAGGGCGCUUGGAUCGAGAUACUCAACGUCAUCCCUACUGGGAUAAGAAAUUCCGAAAUCCAACUUUCAGCGGGCAGACAGACAGUUUUCAACCCAUAUAAACAGAAAAACGACAAAUUGAAAUUACACACAAACAAAUUACAACGACAAUGUUACGAAAUCAAAGAAAUAACCCAAAACCCAGCUAUGACCACAGAUCACAACGAAAUAGACACCGUCGGCUUAAUAUUCUGCAUCGAACCAUCGACUAAAGACUUCAAAGAGCAAAGCUUCCAAAAUGUCUACCUAGCAGAUGCCGACAAAAACAUAAUCUGUGUCAACUUCUGGGGAGGAUUAAAAAAAUUCGGCUUCGAAAAUGUUCUAGACACUGGGCAGGUUGUAACUUGCGUUAAUUUGCAGAAAAGAGCUGGCAACUCUAGGAAAAGUAUACCACAGUAUAGAGUUACAGAGUUUAGCUAUUUCACAAAAACGCCUAAGAGCAAAAAGGCGUUGGAAAUCACGAACGAACUGGCAGCUAAGCUGUCAAAAGUAAAGGACAAAUUCUGUGAAGAUUGUCUCGUUUUAAAAAAUAAUUAUUCCAUUUUUAAAACGAGGGAGAAUGAAAAUGUAACGCCGUAUAGGUUUAACUAUAACAUACCCAAAAGUAUAGUGUCUCCGUUGAAAACUUGUGAUACGAAUCUAAAUCUUACAGGCUUAGAUUUCGAAUCUAGUUUCAAUUCUCAAGAAAUUUCACCGCAACUGUUACUUAGGAAAAAAAAAGUCAAUGAGAAAAUUGAAAAAAUAAGAAUGUACUAUGGCGAGCCACCUCCUUUGAGCUCUAUACAUAUUUUAAACAAAUCGAAAAACGCCUCUGCGACGUACAAAAGCCCGUUAAUUUCAAAUUUGGAACGUUCGAAAAUGGAAAGUCCCCUGCAAAAUGUUGCCAGUCCAAGUCUUGGUUUACAAAAUGUUGCCAGCCCAGUGACAGUCAACAGAACUUAUGUGAAAAAUGUGAAUCCUGUUAAAUUGAAUUUUUCUAGUGAAAAUUUGGACGACAGUGUCGAUCAUUUUGCGGAAGAGUUUGAUGCUAGUCCGCCAUUGAGCCUUGAUUCUGAUAUUCUAAAUUAACGUUAUUCUUUCAUCACAGAGGUCGCUUCUUGUAAUCUUGAUGUAAACACUAUUUGUCACAUUUUU